ACGUCUUUAAUCUGUCAACGCAAUUUAUUGUUUUCCUUUGUAUUUUCCUCCUAACUUUUUCGGAGAAUUGAAAACAUCAACACAGCUUCGAAUUUAGCAAUUCACGGUCUCACGUCCUCAUAUGAUAUCAUACAAUUUCUUGUCCUUAUUGUAAAACAUGGAGACAAAUCUGCAGUACGAAGAUUUGCUGAUAAAAUUGCGAGCAAAGCUGAACGAAGAAAGAAUAAAAUUAUGGGAGUCACCAUUUACCUUGCCCGAUCAAUCUAUUUCCGAAAGUUUAAAGGACCUCUCCAAAAAGUUCGCAACAGAACUCUCUCUCCCCGAUAAUGAUGUCUUGAGUGCACUGCAUGAGUUGCAGCUCCAUUCCAUUGACCGGUCCAAGGCUAACUCGGAGUUCAAGGAGACGGGACUGGCUACGCUCCGAGUGAAGGCUACCGUGCCAGGAGACAAGCCGCAGGUGUUGAAGAUACAACAGACUUUGGAGUCAGUGGGCAAGGGGCUGAUAGAGUCUGUGGCUAAAGAGUUGAAUGUUAGUGAGAGUCGGGUGAAAUUAAUAUAUAAUGGCAAAGUUAUACAACCAGCUCCAAGUCUGGAGGAUCAGGGAAUCAAAAACGGGGUGCAAAUCAUGGCUCUAAUAAUGGCUGUAAACCCUGAGGAAGCUAAAAAGGAAGAUCGGAUGUAUUUGGAAAUGAAGUCUACACGUGAUGAUGCCAUGCUGCUCUCUGAAUAUGCUGAUGAUUUUGAAGAUGAAGAGUACAUUAAGUUGGAAGACCAAUCGGGUAAGACAGUGGAGCUGCCUGCUGCGGAACGGCGAGCUCUGAUGGUCGGCCUGGCGUUACACGAGCGUGGACGGGCGGCAGCUAAAAAGAAGGACUAUCCACUCGCUCUGGUGUUGCUGCUAGAAGCUGACCGACAAUUGAGUGAAUGCAGCUCGUCAAUCCUGGCUUCAGUCGACAACGUGGCAGUCCUUCAGCUGGACAUAGCGUGGUGCUACCUGUGUCUCCAGAGUCUAGCCGCGGCGGGAGACGCAGCGGCGAGGCUGGCGCGGGCGGAGCGCGCGCUCAAGCGGAGCUAUGGGGAGGACCAUGGACGCGUGCUGGCGGUGAAGGGGACCGAUGCCAACGAGCGGGCGCUGAUGAUGCGUCUGCACCUCCUGCAGGGCAUCGUCAGCUUCCAUCAGAACAAGCGGGACGAAGCACGCCGGUUGCUUGAAAAAGCGGAGACUGAGCUCAAUUCGCUUAGGGUCGACGACGGCGCCGUAACAGCGCUUAUGGAGCUGGGCUGGUCGCUAAGCUGCGCGCGACGUGGCUUGCGCGCGUCGCGCGGAGACGUGGCUGCGGCGCACCACUACCUCUCCGACACGUCCGACGCCAGGGACCUGCAGCGCCGCAAGCACAAGCAGGACAGGGAGAGCAAAGCCCUAGGCAUAUGCGAGGACGGUACUCCAGUCAACAAGCAACUAGUGGACGCUCUAGUCGGGAUGGGGUACACGCGACGUCUAGCCACUCUGGCAUUGAGGACCUCCAACAACCACGUGGCUGAGGGCGUCAGGCUGAUACAGGAACAGCCUGAACUGUUGGAGGACAUUGAAGAGGAAGCAGAUGAGAGUGAGUCGCCGAGCUCAGAGGAGUCCCUCGUUGAGCCGGACAACAAACUGGUUGCUGAGCUGGAGGCGAUGGGCUACUCGGCCGACGAGGCCAGGGACGCUCUGAGCCGCGCGCACAACCACGUCAGCGGCGCCGUCGACCUGCUCGUCGCCGGCGAGGCGGAGCCACACGAAGGUAUGGACACCACCGAUGCCGGGAACCCCUCCACUAGUGCUGCUUCCACCGAUAAAAAGGAGAAACAUGUUAAGAGAAAGAGGGACGAUAAAAAAAAGCGAGAACGCGAACAGGCUCUAAAUCGACUGACAUCGGUCAUACAACACGACGAAGAUGAUCAUCUGGACACUUCGCUGGUUGAUGAGGAGGACUUCCUCGCGCAAUACAAGUCUCUACUCUAAACGGUAUACGGUCCAAUUUCUUUUGUAACUUUAGAGCGUCUUUAGACAUUUGAGGAUUGAGGCAGUGAGAGGUCAUUGUACCUUGUAACAAAAUGGCUCCGAAUUCCAUUUUGCUUGCGUCUGUGUGAAAAUUAACGGGUAUUUUCUUAUUGUGACAGUGCAGUAAUACCCCCUGUAUUACUGCAAUGUUCUACCGCCAGAGUGCAGCACUAGCACAUAUUGUAAACCAUAGAUUAACUUAUACAUACUAUACCUUAAGCAGUUUUUUGACAAGUUUUCAUUAUAACUUUGAUGCAUCAAGGCGGUUUGUAGUCUACAGCGAAACGCGAAAAUCGAAAUUUCGUUAUCUGCCUCUCUAUCGCUCUAAUAUGCAAGAGUGAUAGAGAGGCAGAUAAAGAAAUUUUGAUUUUCGUGUUCCGCGGUAGGCCCUCAGUUUGUGCUAGUAGCGCCCUCUACGCAGAGUUUUGCGUAAUAUUCCCUAUUGCGUGCAAUACGUACCAUUUUACGUUUUCAAGUCACACAAACGAAAUAUGUAUAGUGAUGACAGAUGAUACGAGAAGUCACUUGACUAUUUCCAUACAUUAUUUCAGCUUCAAUUGACGUUUUCUAUCAGCGACUGUCACCUUGGCUAGGCCCCCUGCGGCAGUAGCACGGUCGCAUUUAUAUCGCCUGUCACCAUGCCUGUCACGUUCUAACAAGUAUGUAAGUGUGAAAGUGACGGAACCAUGCUGCCACCGGGAGUGUAAGCUGUCAUAGGUACGAUAAUAACUUCUGAAAUAAAACCGAGCUUUAAAACGAUAGUGAUGGAAAAUGAGGUUUGUUGAUGUAAGGCUGUGGUUCAAAAACCGAAUAGGUACUUAUGUAUUUAUCACUCUUUAGUAGAGAUCUGAUAAAAAUCUGUAAUCAUUAUUGGGGUAUUUACCGUUUCUUUUUUUAAAUAUUCAGAUGACAACGAAAAGUCACUAAUUGCCAAAAAUAAUUAAUUAAAAUUCAACCUUGUUUUGGCACGAGUACGGUUCACUAUGGCUACCUGUUAUAGUAAUUAUGAGUUUUGGUUGUCAUUUGACGAUAUGCCGUUUUUAAUAUUAGUCAUUAUCAGAGCCCGGAAUUUUCGCGUCAAAACAAAAGACUGUCGUAGAUCUUGCUAGAGUUAGAAACAUUUUUUUAUCGAUAUCGAUAGUUGGGUAAUGGAAGAAAAAAAAUUGCCCACCAAUAAAAAAAAUAUUUAAUAAGUAAAUUUACAUAAGGUUUUUAUAAAAUUAUAUAGAAACAGAUGCAAUUUCUUCCUCAAAAUCUACGUCAGUACACAGCAGCACAUGACAUUAUAUUUGGUUUGUGACAGUGAUAGGACUAGAUAAUCAUUAUGGUUAAUUUCUCAAACUUCUCUGGGAGUAAACAGUUUCGUUUAUCACAAUAUAAAGCUAAUUAUGUUUACUAUUAAAUUAUGUAUACUAAUUGUAUGUAAUUUUAUAUAAACCUCACCAUUUUUUUUUAAUAUUCUUUUUAUUUGGUUGACCGUCUUCUUCUAUUACACAACUAUCGAUAUCGAUAAAAAUAUGUUUCUAAUUCUAGCAAGAUUGCGACAUUCUUAUGUGUUGCAGCGAAAAUUCCGGGCUCUGGUCAUUAUGUUGCCACUUAGGAAUAUAAUUCUUGAGUCGUCCUAAAAAUUAUUUAAUAUUAGCUAAUAAAGUACGAACGCUAAUCACGUAGAAUUUCGAACAUCGACCCAUCAUUUCCUAUCUCUAUCGCACGUGUGCAUAAUUAUAUUGCUGUUCCGCCUGUAUUAGUGGCAUUGACCACCGGCAUCAUGGGAGGCACAGCAAUAUAAUAGGGGGUAUUACUGCAAUGUUCUGCUGCAGUUUGUUUACAGAUUACCUACCGGGAAACGCGAAUCCGAAUCUGCCUCUUUAUUGCUCAAAUAUGCAAGAGUGACAGACAUCUUAGAUAACAAAAUUUCGAUUUUAUUGUUUCGCGAUAGACCCUCAGAUUGUGGUAGUGGCGCAGAGUUUCGCGUAAUAUUCCCUAUAAUGCGCGUGCUAUGGAAAUAGAUAUGGCGGGUGAAUUUACGAAAUUGUUCGUGUUUUGCGUCCUUACUUUAAACUAAGAUAUAGUAAGUUUUCGUGGUAAUACAUUGUUGUAAAAGUCUACCUCUAUAUCCCUAAAGUAUAUUUUGUCCUAAGGUUGUGUAAAACAAUAAAUAUUUUUGGGUGCUGUUUUUGGAAUGAGAAAUCAAUUAUUAUUUAAAGAUUGUUUACAAUUCUAUCGGAAAUCUAAUUUGCAAAUCUUGCAAUAUUAUAAUAACUAAACUGCUAUUUUGUGGAAAACAAAAUUGUUUGUAUUUUAGAAACCUAGUAAGUAUUAAGAGGCCAUUGUAAAAAUCGGCAUUUGGUGUUUACUUGUAUGUACACAACAACUUGGUUAUGUUCUGAAAAUAUAUUUAACUGUUGAUCUUUGAUCUGUACAAUAUAAAAAUAUACCUUAAACUAACAACAAAUUGUAUAUCUUAGAAACUAUGUACAGCCACGGACUUUAAUUGUUAAUCCAUUUAGGGUUCAAGCUGAUUUGGUUGUCAAUACUAAACUAUCGGUAUGAAAUGUCCAAUGUAUGUAUAAAAUGUCUGUUAUUUGUAUCGUUUUUAUUAGUUUUUUUUUCUUGUGUAAUUAACCAUUUAUAUUUAUGUAAUUGUUUUUUUGUAAUUUUGGAUUAAUUUUAUUGUUUGUAAAAAUUGACAUGUAAAAGUGCCCCUGUGGCCUAUUUGCUGAAUAAAUGUUUGAUGUUUGAAUGUCAAGUUAACCCCAAAUGGCUCAACAAUUAAAGUCCGUGACUGUACCAUAAAUGGUAAUAUAUUAUAUGUAAUGUCCAUGGUAGGUACAUUAUGUUUAAAGUGUAUUUAUUUUAGUGUAUUUGAAAUACAAGUACAGCUAGUAGACUACAUAAACCUUAAUAUGUUUGGUUAUAAUGCAACUAAACGAUGUCUACAUAUAAAGAAGAAAUCGACGACUGUUUUCAUAGCAUUCUGUAUUUAAACGAAAUAAAAUUAAAGUAUAUAUAGCAAUGUAUUAAACAUAAUACAUGUUAUGAACACUUUAAGGUAGAAUAUGGAUUAAUACCGUCCCCAUUAUUGUCAUUGCCAUUCUCUUGAUAAUCGGGUCAAUCAACUUUUGAGUUACGGACGGUAACGCAGGAGACCAAUGCGAAGCAAUUUCUUAAAAUAAAUGUUUGCUGUGGAAUUCAUCUUUUACGUUUGUGGUUUUACUCUUUGAAUUAGUAAUUUUAAAGAGUAACGCAGGGGACAUUCUUGGUAACUAACUGUAAGUAUACCAAUAGGUAUUUUGACUAUUUGUCUGUUUUCCUGUAUUCGUCCAUAUCUGUGUUAUACGUGUGUUAUGAAAUAAAUUAUAUUAUUGUAUUA